GCUCUGGGAAUACAGUCCACUCCCCCAAGUGCUUCAUGCCCACGGUAUCACCCGGGGAGGGGGGCGGGGGACGAGCGGUCCCCCGCCCCAGCCAGCCCGCUGGCUCCCCGGCCCGCCCCACUCCUCCCGGCGCCUCGCCGCAGCUCCCGUCCCAUCCCGUCCCGUCUGACUCACCCGGCCCCGCUUUGCCUCCGCGAGGAACCGCCGCCGCCGCCCCGAGCAGCCGCUUUGCUGUUCGGCACCGGCACCGGCCCCGGCGGCAGCACCGACGGCCGGGUCUCCGGGGCCGCGUCCCGGGGCAGCCUCCGGGCCAGCAGCGGGGCGGAGCACAGGGACAGCCGCCGCCGCACCUCGUCCCCGAGCCACGACGGGGAGAGAAGAACCCCGCUGCUGCCCGCCUGCUGCAUCGCCGCCCGGGCGGAAGGCGCCGAGCUCUUUCGCUUUCGUUGCGACGGAGCGGGGCGGAACGAAGCGGCGGGGAGCGGGCGCGCGCGGCCCAGGGACGCCGCCCCGGGGGCGCCCCGGGACACCGGCUGUGGAUGGCAUCUAAAGAUGAACAGGAGGCUGAGACCACCUUCUUGGCACAAGGACCUGUUGUGAUCAUAGACCCCACUAAUGUCAAACAAGACGCCAAACAAAAAGUGGCAGCUAGUUCAUGGGUGUGGAGGACAUGGAGGCACUGGAAACAGCGGUUUUGGCAGUCAAAAUUCUGUUGCCUAGGCCUAUCUUUUGGACUUGUGGUGGUGGUCAUCAUUGGACUUGUUUUAAAACUUGAGAUACCGUAUGGUGAAAAAUUCCAUCCUGAACAGUGCCCCAGCGAGUGGAUAGGUUACAGAAAGAAAUGUUAUUUCAUCUCAGAGGAGGAAAAGAACUGGACAUAUAGUUGGGCCUUCUGUGCUAAGAAUGAAUCCUUUCUAGCUUUUUUUGAAAACCAGGAAGAAAUGCAGUCUUUAGCUAAGCAUGUGAAAGUAGAUGGCUCCUGGAUUGGAUUGCGCAGGAAAGGUGAAAACUUCUACUGGGAUAAUGGUGUUGCCUUGAAGAUGGACUCGUUCCAGAUACGGAAUCACUCUGAGUGUGCCUACUUGGAUGCCUUCACUAUUUCUACAUCAGCAUGCUCUUUGCCCAGGCGCUGGAUCUGUGUCCAACUUCCUUAAAGGGAUGACUUAGAUCUCCAUCUCAUAUUGAGAUUAAGAGAUAUCCAUUGUGCAGUCACUUUGCAUAGAUGGUAGGCCUGCUGCAGCCAUGCAGCCUCUCUAAACCUAAAGCAGGGAGAAGAAGAUUUGUCUCAGCUUCCAAAAUGUGCUUCAAGGUCUUCUGUCCUAUGUGUGCAGUAAAUCUCCUGCCACUGGAGCAAAAGUGUGGCAUUUACUGAUCAUAAAGUACAGGAAAAAAGCGUUCUGCGCAGACGGCUGUGGCAGUCUGGGACAUGAGAGCUGCAACUGUUUGCUGGUGCCCCUCUGCUGAAGCUUCCUAUGCAUUGUCAGCACAACCCCUCAGCUGCUCCAUUCCUGGUGUGGGUGUGAGGGGUCUACAUUAGCUUUUCACAUUUGUGCUAUGUUGCAGGAAUCUCCAGCAGACAGGUAGAGCAGAUAGCUGGGGGCAGUAACUUGCCUCAGCGAGAUCUCCUGGGAUUUCUGUUGGAGCCUUCUGUUGGCUGGUUACUGAAAGGACAUCAGGAGCAGGUUGUGCAUUUCUCUACCGCUUGCAUUUUACCUGCUAAUGAUGAUAGAGCGAUAGAAUCAUAGAAUCAUUUAGGUUGGAAAAGACCCUUAACAUUAUAAAAUCAAACCAUAAAUGAUGUAGCAGCCUGGUAAGAAUUUCCUGUAAAAUGAUGAACAUAUAUGUGGUGCUAAAGGUGGCAGGCUGUGCCACUGAAUUACUUUUUGGGAUGCUAUGUGUAGGGGCACUAGUCCUGAAUCAGGUCCCACUGAUGCCAGCUUUACACCGAAAUGCUUCCACAGCCAACUGCACUGAGGUUAUCCCUGCUUUACACUGGUGCAAAUGAAGUCUGAACUCAUACUCUGCAUUUCAACAGCUGUGCAAGUCAUUAUGACCUAUGUAAAUUUAUUUUGAUACAAACAGAAUACUAAGGAGAAUAUAAUGACUUUCAGGUACUUGAAAUGUGGAAAGCUCCCUUACUGAGUUCCUGGGAAGGUGCUGUUUGAGAGAGGAGGGGGAGGCAGAGGUAUAAGACAGUUUGGGACUCUUAGCUGCUCUUAGACAUUCCCUCUGGGAUUUUGAGACAAAAAGAUAACCGGAACUGCACUGCAUAAAUUGCACUUGAGUGCUCAAGAUUUUAGUAGCUCACUGUACUCACUACAGAUUUUGUUUUGUGUUUGUCUAGGUUGAACUAAGCUAUUUUCUGUUACAAAAGGCCUUCCUCAUGUUGACAGUUUUCAGGGAUGAUUUUUAUUGUUAAAAGAAAUCUUUGACUUGAGAUCAGCAGCUUUCAGGCAAUACAAGCAACUGGCAUGUUGCACACAGACUCUUGUUUUUCUGACAUAAGUGUUCAGGAUCAGGUACUGAGGACAUAUAAUGCAUGUACACAGAAAGCUGCAAAGGGAGGGAAUUAUCCAAGAGUGACUGACAUAGCGAGCGACAGUCUUACACAAGCCUGUGUUCAAUAAAGAAACAUUGCAACAACUGAUUUAAACAUUCCUAAAUAGAGAUGAGAAGGCUUAAAUGACUAGUCAUGUGGGAUUCCUUGAAGUUCAGCAGACUUGUCAUUUUUCUCAUCUGUAAGUUGCAUAAGAACUUGUUAAACAGAUCCAUUCCUUCUUGCAGUUUCAGCUGUUUUCCAACCAUGCACGGUAAACCUAAAAAACAAAAGACACUUUGGAGACAUAUCAGUCUCAAAGCCUGCAGUCAUUCAAAUUAAGUUUCAGUCUCCAAAUAAUUUGUAUUCAGAGGUUGCUGGACAUCAAGACAAGAUCCUAAUUUUUUUGCCCACAUUUGAAUUUUCCCUCUCCAAAAUUACAGGCCCUCUUCUAUUUGGUGAAAGAGGAAUCUCUACAACAUGCAUGCAUUCUGCAGCAUCUUUAAGUGGCAGGUUGUCAUGGUUUUGGCUGGAGUAGAGUUAAUUUUCUUCAAUGUAGCUGGUAUAGUGUUGUGUUUUGGACUUAGUAUGAGAAUAGUAUUGAUAACACACUGAUGUGUUUAAUGGGUGGUGCUUGUACUAGUCAAGGACUUUUCAGCCUGUCAUGCUCUGCCGGGUGCAUAAGAAGCUGGGAGAGGGCACAGCCAAGACAGCUGAUCCAAACAGACCAAAGGGAUAUUCCAUUUCAUAUGAUGUCAUGCCCAGUAUAUUAACUGGGGGGAGUUGGGCGGGGGGGAGAAGCAGCGAUUGCAACUCAGGGACUGGUAGCAGUCAGCGGUCGCGUUGUUUGUUUUUUCCCAUCCCCCUGAGGUUUCACCUCUCCUUUUCUCUCUUGUUAUUUUCUUUGUCAUUAUAUUAUUGUUGUUGUUAUUACUAUUACUCUUUAAUUAUUAAACUGUUCUUAUCUCAA